ACCCAGCUCUUAUGAUUACAGUUUUAAAGCCCGUUGCUAAAUUAUAGAGCAAUACUUAAAAGCUAAUUUAGCGAUAUUUGUUCAGCAAUUUACAUUCAGGCUUCUGACGCGACACCUAAAGGGUCCUUCCCCGUGACAGCAACAGUUAUAUCAAAACAUGCGUCUGCUAAACUGUUUGAAAGUUGAAACCACUGUGCAUUAAUGUGAUGAUUUAUGUCACGUUACGUUGUUUGACGCAGUUACAACUUUCCUGUUCUAACUUUUUGGUAAAUGCUUCAACCUGAUUGACUGUUUUUACAGCCGCGUGCAAAAUGAGCUCUGAGGUUUGCCCAUUCUGCGGGAAAACGUACAAAAGGUUGAAGAGUCACCUGCCGCAUUGCAAAGCAGCAGCGAGCUCCAAAACGCCUCCAACGAUACACGAUGUCACGGGGAAUCAGACGUCGCCGUCUUCUCAGCUGCUCGCAGCCUUCAGCGAACUAACGGCAAAGUCCACACAGACGUUGUCGGUAACAUCAAGUCCACCAUCGAAGAAGAAGUCUGUGGUAUCAGCAGCAGCAACACAGUCGUCGUCCCUGGAUUCUGCUUCACUUCCACCAUCAACGAAGAAGACGAAACAGAAGCUGUCCGAACUAAUCAAGACAGCCGUCGUUCCCUCCUCUGUCACCGUUUCCCUCACCUCCUCCCCAUCGCUGCAUCCGUCUCCCUCCAUCUCUAAGCCCAAAAAGCAGAGUCUCCGUGCUUUGAUAGAAGCUGCAAAGUCCGAACAGGUUUCUAAGGGAUCACUGGAGGGAACCAGGUCCACCUCAGACGACCUGCCUUCAGGUUCAGCUCCAUUUGUGGCAGAUCCUCCAAGCUCCAGGACCACAGCUGGGACCAGAACUGAUCCAGACUCGGUAAAAGAUGACGCCCUCCCUGCCUUUCUGUCCACAGACGCCAAACCCAAAGCUGCCUCCAAAAAGAAGGCGUCAAAGACGAAGAAGGCUGCACAAUCCCUUCCCACAACCACAGAUACCUCUAGCUCGCUUGACUGCAAAGUCCAUGAAAGUAGUGCGAGAGACAACUUCUGGGUGGAGGACGACGGGGAAGCUGUGAAUAAGAUGUUCUUGAAAUCAGGAAGCAGCCACCGGGCCCGGAUUACCCUCCAGGAUGUUAAAGCCACGUUAGGCCGAGCGAACGCCCCCCGUCAGUCCGGCAGGCCGAGCAUCCUGAGCCAGAUGGAAACUACUGACGAACUAAGCAGCAAAAUCAGUCUGAUGUCCAAGCAAGCAUCCGUAAUCCCUCUGCACCAGCCUGAACUAACCCCCCCUGCAGCUCCGCUCCUUCCUGGCCAGCUAUCAUCUCAGGUGAGCAAAGCCUCGCCUCGUCUACGCACCGUCGGCGUGAACGACGGGCUGAAGGUGACCGGACUCCUCACAAUAUCACCGUCACUCGCUAAGUUCUCCAGCCCUCUGCCGGCAGCGAGGGGGGAGACAAUGAGAGCCGGUGAUGGGUUGAAGUCGCAGCCCGAGGUCAGGGAACAAAACACUGCUGAUAAAGGAACUACAGGUGCUCUGACACAGCGGUGUCUUGGACAGGUGAGACUGAGGGAGCUGCCCGAGUGGCUGGCCUGCAAAACACCCAACCGCCCAAGAGAUGUGGUAGAAAUGGUGCAAAAAGGCUGGCAGUGGUAUUACAAGAGGUAUAUUGAUGUGAAGAAAGGUGGUGCAGGUGGACUGGGCAUGUUGUUAGCAGGAUACUGUGUGCUCAGCUACAUCUGGAGUUACCCUCACAUCAGUAAGUGUGUGGAUUACUCUCAUGUUUGCUCCAUGGUGUGAGCUACCGAGAUAACUGAGCAUGUCUGUGGUUGUUUUUUUUUGUUUUUUUUCCAGAGCGUGAUCGCUGGAGGAAGUACCAUUAAUGUCAAGGGAAGUUGUCCGGACAAGUGUGACUGUGUAUGAGGAAACAGCAGCUGUGACAGAGGGAGGCUUCAGCCCUUAAAGGCGUCUAUUCUCUUCAUACAAUAUAUAAUGAAUCCAAACAUUUCCACACGAUUUGUUGAUACUUGUCAACAUGGUAGCUCUCACUGUCAGACCCACUCUUGUUUUCUUCUACAACCUUAAUAUGAAGCUGCAGCUAGCAGCUGGUUAGCUUAGCAUAAAGACUGGAAACAGCUAGCCUUGCCCUGUUAAAUUGUAACAAAAUCCAUCUACCAGCAUGUUUGUUAAGCACUUUAUCUCUUAUUUGUUUAUUCCAUACAAAAAGUAGGCUUUUAGACAAGCUUGUUUCCCGUCUUUAUGCUAAGCUAAGUUAGGCUGUAGCUUUAUAUUAUGGACAGAUAUGAGAGUAUGGUAUCUAUCAUCUUAACUCUUCACCAGAAAGUGAAUAAGAAAUGUUCCCACAAUGUUGAACUAUUCCUUUAACGAGUUUCACUCUCAACUGAUUUGCACCUGCAGGGGACAUCUGUGGACACUGCACUGUGGCUUGUAUAAAUUACAUUUUUAUUAUUAUUUAUUCACUUAUCUAUGUUUAUCUCAGAUGUUAACCAAGUUAGCUUUGUAUCUUAUUUCAGUUUGAGAAGGUACAAUGUCCAGAACAGAACAGAACUAGUUUCUAUUGGGCUCAUCAGUGGCCCGCUACAUGAUUCCCCACUAGGUGUCACUGUUGUGUUACCAAAACUAAAUGGGCUGUGCAGUCAAAUGUUUUCUAUGCACAGUUUUCUUAGCCCCUUUGUGCAGAGGCUUUGGUGCCGGGGUCAAUGAGAGGAUUAAAGGGAACCAAGAGAUGUUUUAACUUGAUUAAAAGCUUUACUCUGGCAGCCCAGAUGUAGAGGAACAUGGAAAUGUAAAUAUCCUAACGUCAGUAUCCGUCAGAAGAUCGUAUCUGUGUAGCAGAGGGAUUCAAAUCUGUUUUUCUUUUUUGCAAAUGCUUCCCCUGUCACAUGAUGUUAUUGUGCAUGCUCAGUCCGUCGGUGCCAGUAAGUGAACACUCACAGAAUAGUAAUGGAGGGCCACUGAAGGAGGUUCUCGUCUGGACUGGACCAGUUUAUCGUAUUCAAAAUGAAUUUAUUGUUGACUCUCCUUGCUGCUGUAGUGAACACACAUUAGCUACAAAUGAAGAAAUUACAUUAUUUUUUUUGUAACAGGUUUUCUUGAUGCCUCUUCUUAGCCAACACAAUAAAAAAUAAUUUCCAUUUCCUUGUUUUUUUUACAUUCUUUUUUUUUUUCUCCAUACAAAAAUUAUAAAUAUUUUGUGUUUCACUUUUCAUUUUUGUACAAAACAACAAACUACACAAAUCAAGAGUGAAAAUGGAGGCAGAAAAAACAUUUCUGAACUGAAGACGGGGGAGAAAAAGCACAGGAUGUUCCUGCCCUCACACACUGAUAUGCAUCCGGACAACACGACGUGUCCCCAGCACUCAACACUGCCCUACUUUGUGCAACUCCUAAACUGACUUUCUCGUGGAUUUAAGUGCUAUAGAGGCACAGCGUCUUGCAGCAACAACUUGAAGGAGCAAAUAAAAGAACUCUCAUGACCCUUACAUGUCAGAGUGUACUGGAAGAUAUAAGAGGUCUAGAUGGGUUGAGGCAGAGAUACAGGCGGGCUGAGAUGGCCACUGGCAUUAAAAGAAAAGAAAAAAAGACAAGAUGUGUUCUCCAUCAACCCAUGUAAAAGGCCUUCAGUCUGCUCCUGUCGCCUAUUGGCGAACAUAUUUCACAGACACGAUUGUAGGAGAAAGGUGACACGAUCCAGAAUCAACCUGAGAACAUUGAACACAUUUAUCCUAAGCUUUGGUCCUGUGCUGGUUUUGGCAAAAAAAUGCCCCUUUCUUGCUUAAAACCAUAGUGCAGAUUUCUGUAGAUUUGCAAAAAGGCCCUACAAGGAACCGAAUUACAUGUCCAAUAUUUCGGAUUAAUUCUUUAUCAUGAUGAAAUAUCACAGUAAGUUACGUUUGUGCUAUUGAAACUAAAUGAAAACUCUUCACAGUGGGAGCUUUCGGGGCACAGCUUCAGAGGAGACACUACAGAGCUGUUUUAACAAAGCACAAAGACUUGAGAUCGAAAGAUCUGACGGUGAUUCUGGACGAGGCCACGCUCUCUCCUAGUUUGAGUUUUGGUUGCGCUGCUGAGUGGGAAGAGAAAGAGAGAGAGAAAUGUGGGAAACGCUUGAAAAGAAACAGAAUGAAAGUGAGAAAAACAUCCCGGGGGGACUGAGCGAACUCUUGGGAAUGAAGUCAGAAGUUUGGCAACCAAACAACAGGACGAGAUGGGAACACAGUCACAGCCCAGUGUGUGUGUGUGUGUGUGUGCAGACUAACACACACACACACACACACUGAUC